UCUCGUGACAUUGACAUCAAAUGGGUUGACGACACACACGCUUUGGUUGUCUUUUCCAAUUCAAACGCUGCCACCGAAGCGCUGAAAUACAUUUACCCAAACGUUAAGUUACGUCCCCUUUCGCAGGCCAUCAAAGAGUCCAAACUGAAAGCUCGCAAGUGCUCCGAGUUUUUACAACCAUUUAAACAAAGACCUCAAACAAGUGCAUCAUUAGCGCGAAGAUUAGUCACUCAAUCACUGGGUUUAAGGGAUAGGAUUACUCCCGAACAGAGGGCCGCAGAGAGGAAGAAGUUGAUCGAAGCCAAGGAAAGAAAACGUAUGGCCGCAAAGCAAGGCAAUGAUGUCUGGGAAGGGAAUGUCUGAUGAAGUGAACGCUCAAUGAUAUUCAAAUUAAAC